AUGCAUUCACCUCGGUCAGCUCUUCUGGUCAUUGGCGAAAUACUCGCCUUAAGCAGCCUUGCAACUGCUUUCGGCAAAUUCGGCUUGUCCCUCGGGGCGCGUUACAAUCGACUCGACGACCUUGCCUUCACGGACAUUCUGCAAGGAACAGGCCUUGAACAACUCCCAGCUUCCGAAAUCUGGGUCGAGACCGGUAUCCAGUACUUGGACAAAAAGGGCGAUAUACAACUCAGCUGUGAUGCCGCCAAUGAUUAUGUCCUAACCUUCGAUCCGAAAGUACUCGACGCGAAUGCCGUGGCACAGGACUUACUUCACUAUCCUUUCCUGGUAGACUCUAGCUUUGGGCAGGAUUGUCAAGCUCUUGUGAAUCAGAGUGUACUUGGUCCUAUCUCGAGCCUUACACCGGCGGCGCAACGAGCAGUGAAGGACGAUACGACGGGAGCUUCAGCUGUGUUGCGGCCUAUAUUCGUCGAGGAAGUCCAACCCAGCCGCAUUACAUUCACAGCUGCAGUCGGUGACUACCAUGAUUUCAUGGGAACAUUUGUGCCCAGUGACACCGCUGAAUUGGAUUUCUUACAGCCGGGUCAUUAUCCAGAUGAUAUUGCGGCCUCGCGCAAGCGGCAUGAGAAACGAAGCUUUAUUGUCGGCAUCUUGCUAAUCACUUGCCGCCUAACCCAAGGCGCCAAUGCUUGCUAG